GCUCUCUCAAACAAAACAAUCCACUUCCUUCACAACUGCGCACUUCACAACUACCAACUCAAUCAAGCAAUCACACUUGAAAUCACUUCAAAAUGGCCGACACAAACGGUUCCGCUAUGAACGAGAAUGUGACUGCCACUGCCACCGCAGUUGAGGGCAAGGGAAAGGGCAAAGCCCCCGCCGGCGCGCAAACCCACGACGAGGGCAUGGACGUUGAUGAGAGCUCCAGUGAGGAAGAAGUUGACGAGACCGAAGCUGUCGCCGAUGAGCCUGAUGAGGAUAAUAUGGAGGAGAUCGACCUGGAUAACAUCAUCGGUCGCCGCACUCGUGGCCGCAACAUUGACUUCGCUAAGGCUGCUGAGGAGCUCCCAGAGGAAGAUGAAGAUGAGGAUGAGGAUGAUGAUUUCGAGGCGCCAGAUGAGGAUGAGGAGAUGAAAGACUAAAUCCUUGGUUGAAGACGUGAUCAGUUUUGGUGGACUUUCAAUGCAAAUCCUGGACAACAUCGCAUUUGUUGGACAUGGCUAGUCUAUCCGAACUGAACUGCUUUGACUGGAUACUUUUCUUCCCCGAUCGUCAUCAAAAGCACAUUCAUGCAUCUUUCGUUUGUCGUCAAAAAGUUAUUCUCCAAUAGCACUGCAUUAUGAGGUUUCUGGGCAUGAGACUACGAUUGAUUUGCGGAAUGGCUAUAGGAGGCUCCCUGGGUUUGGUGUACUUUAGAAAGGGGCGUCGAGAGGCAUGCGAAAAAAGAUGAUAUGAGCCA